CACCAAGCAAGUGCAAGUAGUAGUAGUAGCACGACUGCUACCACAGCUCUCACCUACUCCCUUUGCGUCUUUGUCUUUGUCUUCUCUCUCUCUCUCUCCACCCCUUAUCUCUCUUGGCACCACUUCCUCCUCGCUUCGCUCCUUGUCGCCGUCUAACGUGAGCUUUGCACUCUUUAUACAGCGGCACGGGAUCACUUUUUCUCUAGACGAGUGGAUUCCUCCAACACGCGCAACACCACACGCAUACCCUCGACUUGCCUCCCCUGCACAACAAGCGCACGGGCAGAAAGGAGGAUUGGGGAGCUAGCGAACGAUGGAGAACUACCAAAAGAUUGAAAAGCUCGGCGAAGGGACGUAUGGAGUGGUGUACAAGGCUAAGGAUCUGACACCGGGAGCCAAUGGUCGGAUCGUGGCUUUGAAAAAGAUCAGGCUCGAAGCAGAGGACGAGGGCGUGCCGUCGACAGCUAUCAGAGAAAUCAGCUUGCUCAAGGAGCUCAGAGACGAAUACAUCGUCCGACUGUACGACAUUAUUCACCAGGAGUCAAAGCUUUACCUCGUAAUGGAGUUCCUCGACCUCGACUUGAAAAAAUACAUGGACAACGUCGGGAAGCGGCCUGAUGGAAUGGGUCCCGAAAUUGUCAAGAAAUUCACCUACCAGCUAGUCCGAGGCAUCUUCUUCUGCCACGCACAUCGUAUCCUUCAUCGCGACCUCAAGCCACAGAACCUUCUCAUUGACAAGGACGGCAACCUCAAACUCGCUGACUUUGGCCUUGCGAGGGCAUUUGGCAUCCCGCUCCGGACAUACACCCACGAGGUUGUCACACUGUGGUACCGUGCGCCCGAGGUGCUCCUCGGCUCUCGUCACUACAGCACGGCCAUCGACAUGUGGAGCGUGGGCUGCAUCUUUGCAGAGAUGGCUAUCAAGAGCCCCCUCUUCCCUGGCGACUCUGAGAUCGACGAGAUCUUCCGCAUCUUCCGGACAUUGGGCACACCCUCCGAUGCGACUUGGCCUGGCGUCAAGAGCUUGCCCGACUACAAGCCCUCUUUCCCACAGUGGUCAGGCAUGCCCUUGACAAAGGCUGUGCCUGACCUCGAUGAGGCCGGCAUCGAUCUGCUCCGGGGCAUGCUCGUCUAUGACCCUGCCGGACGAGUAAGCGCCAAGCGUUGCUUGGAUCACCCGUACUUUGCGGAAGCCCACUGA